UGUCUGUUCCUAUACAAAACCUACCUCUACACAUUCGUCUCCUUCCCAUUCUAAAGGCUCUCACUCACUCUCUCUUGUUUUUCUUUACAAUAACAUUCACGCAACAAACAUCUUCAAUUCUCUCAUCUUCUUCUUCUUCUUCUUCUCUAGCUUUUUCUCUGAUCUUGGAUCAGUUCAAGAACAAGCUGACUGAGACUGAAAGAUUACUAUCAAUGGAGAUGGAAUCGUGCGUCCCACCAGGCUUUAGAUUUUACCCAACAGAGGAAGAACUUGUGGGUUACUACCUCAAGAGAAAGAUUAACUCAUUGAAAAUUGAUUUAGAUAUUAUCAUUGACAUUGAUCUCUACAAAAUAGAGCCAUGGGAUAUCCAAGCAAGAUGCAAGCUAGGGUAUGAUGAACAAAACGAGUGGUACUUCUUCAGCCACAAGGACAGGAAGUAUCCAACGGGAACACGGACUAACAGAGCCACUGUUGCUGGAUUUUGGAAGGCAACAGGAAGGGACAAGGCCGUGCUUUCAAAGAAUAAAAUUAUAGGGAUGAGAAAGACCCUGGUUUUUUACAAGGGCCGUGCACCCAAUGGAAGAAAAACUGACUGGAUCAUGCAUGAAUAUCGACUCCAAACAUCUGAGCAUGGACACCCUCAGGAAGAAGGAUGGGUUGUCUGUCGAGCAUUCAAGAAACCAAUCCCUAACCAAAGGCCAAGUUAUAUUGAAGCUUGGGAUAAUCAUGCUUAUUGUGCCAAUAUUAGGCCUCCAUCAUUUUCAGAUACACUAACCACUACACAUAUGGCCAUUCAUCCGAAUCAAACUGCAAGUUUUCAUCAGCAGCUGCCCUUUGGCUCGGACCCAGCAGAUCAGCUGGUUUCCAGCCAUCCAUUUUUGGAGAAUAACCAGCUCAUUGAUCUCCCACAACUAGAUAGCCCUAAUACACUUUCAACAAGCUUUGCAACCAAAGAAGGUUUCCACAAUAACAAUGGUGUUUCUAGUGAAGAUUUCGAUGAACAAAGGAGCAAUAAUAGCAGUACCCAGUUCAUUGACUGGAAAAAUUUAGAUAGUUUACUUGCAUCGCAAGUGAACAAUUCAACCUCCUCUUUUCCUGCGCCAAAUUUAUUGCCACAGAGCUAUGAGCUCAGCCAUUUUCCUGGUUGCUUUCCUGAUUCACAAUAACGAGAAAACAAAAAGAUUAAGGGAAAGACCCUAUACCACUUAUUGCUGCAUACCCCAUAUCGUAGAAUAAUAAGCGCUGUAGUAGAAGCUAAGUUCAAGGUCCAUUGUAGAAGGUAUCCAAGAAGAAAUUGCAAGCUGAUCAUUAUCAUGUAAGUAGAAGAGGAAGUAGAAGAAGAUAACAUAUGAAUUUGUUGUGAUUAAGAGGGAAGAGUUCACAUAUUGAGUAUCUUCCCCACAAGUUUUAGAGUCAUCAAAAGGUGAAGCUGUUAACUCACUUUUCUUAAUUACGUCUGGUUAAUUAUGUUUUUAUUUCAUAAUUGUAAAUGGUUUAUCAUUGCAUUUGCAUGCAUAUAUGUACUUAUGAUCUUGUUUUUCGUCACAAUCAAUGUUGUAUUCUGUACUAAUCAUAAUGUUUCUCUAGCCGUCUUUCUUUUUUCAUUCUUGCUAGACUUUGUUUGGUGAUGAUUAUAUUUACUUAUUUGUACUUAUGUCGACAUUUCUUCCUCUUCUUUCAAUUUUUUUUUU